CCGAGUUAGAGACGAGACCUCCAGAGGAAAGCGCACACAGCCAUACACGUGUAAGCCUUUUCCUUCGGCGUUUUGCAAUGGUGUGAAACAUAAUUGUUUUCUGGUUCCUGUCUCGAAGCUUCUGUCUCUCCAGCACACGUCGCGUUACUGGAAAAGCGUUUGUCAGCUAUGCGCACUGCUUGUCUAGCUUUUUGCUCGGCGCCAAGGCGACUCAUCCGAACUCGCUAGUUUGCAGUUUUCUAGCUUCUCUGGGCAAAGAAACGUCACCAUUUAGAGACACCUUCACAGAUAUCCUUUCGUAGAAGAGAACUACUGCUGGAAUGUUUUCAGUGCUUCCUUUCCCCUGUAGCAAAGGGUGGUCUCAGACAAUGCGUCGACUCGGUUCCCGCGUUGGAUUUUAGUAGAGUGAAAAGGGUGCCUGCGUGUUUUCACAGGAAGCCAUGUAGAUUCACGUUUCGUAUUGUUCAUGGACUGGAGCCAUUUUUGGCAUUCGCACUAGUGCUGGAGUUUUCCGUUGUUAAUAGUCCCUUAUCUUUCGCGAGUUUUUCCAGACUCGAAUCACUGGCGACCGUGCUGGCGGUUCUAUCGCGUUGAGCUAAUUGUAACUGUGCUCUCAGACAACCGCCGUACGUGCUAGUUUCCAUUCGUUUUCGCAAACAUCACUGCAUUCCUUUCUGGCCCGCGAUCUUCGCUCUUGCUGCGGAGGAACGGCUUCCGUUUUGAUGCGAGACACACGUGCCGGUAUCUACAGCUGGACUUGAGAUGUAGUUUUUCACUUUAAGAAUGGCACAGGAGACGGCGACACUGGGCGUUUUUGCAGAAUGGCUUUGCUCUGCUAUCGAAACAGUUCUUUCGUCACGGCUUUCCGCCCCUUCAUCUUCGCUAAUGUCAUCUGCUUCCACAGUCUUCGAGCCUCCGCUCCUCCGCUCUUCUUCCUCGAAUCCUCCGGUGGCCGCUCACGGCUUUUACCCGACAUCGUCAGUUCCCACAAGUGCGUCUUCUGCACCUCCGCUCUUUGGAAUACCUUGUUCGCCGCGGAUCCCCUCUUUGAGGAACGCUCUUUUCGCUGCCGCCCCGGAACUCCAAUCUUUUCCCUCUUGUCCGCCCUUCUCUAUUUCUGUCGACGUGCUCCUCUUCCUGCCUUUUUCGACCGUUGUCACUUGCGGCCUCUUACCGCAAGUGCUACCGCUCUUAAUGCCUUUCUCUGGGGACCCGCUAACGCUGGCCAGCACCUCUGACGCCCCUCCAACAGACAGAUCAUUUCUCUCUUGCACAACUUCCUCUGUGUCGCGCUCUUCGCGGGGAGUCACACUUCCACAGAAAACCCACGAGGCGACGCAAGAAGAGGAGGACGAAAGCAGCGGGGUGAAUGGCGACCUGAUCUGUGACUCCAGGAGGAAUUUCCAGCACAACGACUACCAAAGCCGAGACACGUUUCGCGAUGACAAGACAAGGGAGGGAAGUCAUCGCGAGGCGAACGCGGGGAAGAGCGAGAGGGAGGACGAAGACCGAAGCGAACAAGACAGCAGAGAAACAAGAGACGCAACGAUUCGUCAGGCGCUUUUCUACAGCACGCGCGAACCACAUGAAACUGUGGACGGAGAAUGCACGGCACAAAAGGCAGAUAUGAGAGACCGACAGCACCGGGAUGGCGAUGACUACUUACCGAGUGGAGAAUCCCCACCGGUAUUUGUCUCACCCUUCUUUUUUGCUUGUCAUGGGUCUCACGGAAGGAAGUGCGAGGACGCGUCCGCGGGUCGGAGCAGAGGAAGUGACGGAGGAAGGGGACGCCCUUUAACUCCGUCUUCUUCUGGGAUUUCCAGACUCGGUGACGAGCGCAGUGUGACGACUGCUUCCUCGCAAUCCCACCACGACAACGCAAACGACAACCUCGUCUGUUUGCUUCUGGAAAGGUGGACGUUUGCGUACUCGCCGCCUCUCGCGUGUGCAUCGCCACCUUCCUGGUCCCCGUCUGGACCUUCUGCCGCGCUCGGGGGCCAGAGUUUCGACAUUCUCCUUCGCAACCUGUCAACGGCAAUGAGGGGAUUCACAGCGUUUGCGCAUCUCCUUCCUACAUUUUCUCUCCUUUCAUCGGCUGAGUCUCUCCUGUUUCCCCCUGAAACAGAUGCAGGUUUCAACGCCCUUUCUGUGCCAUCAAUGUAUAUCUACCCCGCUAGACACCAAACCCCUAUUUACCGAUAUCCAAAAACUCAACUCCAAGCAGAUGAGACUCGUCGGACUGCCUUUCAUCGAGAAGAUCGAGAAGCGGCCCAGAAAUCCACAAGCCGGAUCCCGCCUGCCUCGUCCACGUAUCAAAGAUCCCUGCACGCUUUUUCUCACCAUGUUCCAAUCCCAAAGUCUUCUUCCCUGUCGACUGCUUUCCUUGCUGCCGCUCCUUCGCUCUCUUCUUCUCCCAUGAAGACCUCUCGGGCCGAGCCGCGAUGCCACAGGCCCGCUCCAAUUCCAUCUCUUUCCCUGCCUGCUACCUGCCGUAGCACCGCACAUUCCUUCCUGUCUUCAUCUUGCCAUCCCAGUCGCACCCACCAGGGACUUCGACCCUUCUCAUCCACCUCGUCGCUUUCCUCUUCGUCUCCGCGGCGUCCAUUCGGUCCAGCUGAGUUGAGUGCGUGCCAUCGAGAAGCGACAUCCCCGUCACUGGCUUCAACCGCUUCUCAGACGUCCUUCUCUGGGAGUCUUUCUUCCUCUUGUCUCCACGGUUUGCGCUGCAGUCGAUCCCCACGAGACGCAUCAGGUCCGGCGCCUCCCUGGUGCAUGCACGCGUCUAUUUUCCUGCAUUGGGACGGAGCACCCUCGUCGUAUCGGCGCAGACAGUCAUCCCGGUCUAGCGACGUCGCAGUCGCGACCUAUGCAUCACAUGCGCAUCCGUUAUCCUGCCACCAGCCUUCCCUUGCUUCGUGGACCGCCUCAGCCAGAAACAGUGAAGGAACAACCUGGGAAGGCUUCUCAGAGUCUCAGAUGUCUCCUCUAGAGACUUCGCUUUCCAGUCUCUCUGGAGGGCCUCGAAUCGUGGCAGCGCUGGUGCCACGGUGUGCUUCACCUCGAGACUCUCUGAGGCAACAACAGGGGGAAAGAUCAACCAGAGGACAGAAAAGUGGAAAGCGGGAGGCGGACGCUUCCUUUCGAAAGCCGCACUGCCAUCGGUCUGACAAACGAAAGAAAGCCGUCGAGAAAUCCACAUCCAAAUCUAUGUCUGCUUGUUCUUCCGGUUCCACUCAGCAAACGCCUCGCGAUCGGAUCGGGGUAGGCCUAGGGAGCGCAGGGACUGGGGAUGCGGGGAAGAGGACUUGGUUAACAGAAGAAGAAGCAGGUUACAGUCAAGUUCCGGGGGUCGCGCUCCCAUGUGGACAGGGAAUUCUCUCCGUCCGCGUCUCCUUCCGAGAAGACAUUGCAUUUCUUCUUGAACCUGCUGCAGAGGCGUGUACCGGACCCGGUCUCGUCGCGAGUUCUCCAGACUCUUCGUUUGGAGGCAGUGGACGCCCAGAGGUCCGGGAGCGGCGUACGUCUGUUCUCGACGGCGAAGCCGACGAAACUGAGAGACUCGGCAGAUGUGCUCCGAUUUCUUCUCCAACUUUGUCGGCUUCUGGAGCGUCGGGAGACUUCGGCGGAAGAUCCCUUUUCGUCGUAUCCCAGGAGGGCGAGGACGGUCGAAAUAUGGAGAAGUUGGCGGGUCUGUUGGCAGACACUGGCAGGAAGGGGAACGAUUGCCAAGGAGAGAGAGACAGUCAAGGAGACAGUCAAGAGGCAGAAGGAAGGAUGGAGACAGAUCCCACCUUGAGGGGAGAGUUCCACAGAGGGAAUGAAGAGGAGGAUGAGAGGACAUGCUUUCGGCCACCCCAUGAAACGAUUUGCACACCUAGGACGAACGGUUCGGACGCGGAGAGUCCAGACACAACUCGAGAUCUUUCUGCAGGUACCAGUUGCUUUGAUUCGACGCCACCCCCCCCAGUGUCUCUUUUUGCUUCCCUUCCUCGCAAGGAGUCCACCAUUCAUUUGUCGUCUUCCUGUGCUGUUGCCGCUGAGACGCUGCGGCGGGAGGUAGGGGAUGUGUCUCCCUCCUUAACGGAACUAUUUCGCUGCAGUGAGGAUGCAUGCACGCUGGACUCCCGUCGUCUUCCCCGUGCUGCUGCGCGGCACGCUGGAGCUGCUCCAUGCCGCAUCUCGAUUCACCUCCCCUUUCCCGGUUCCAUGUCGUUGCCUUCGAUCUCUCCCUCCUCUUCAGCCUCUUCCCUUUCUCCUUCAGCCUCAGCGUCGCCAACGCCUCUCCCGCGCACACCAGAGGCAGGAAGGGGCCAAGACGAAGAGAGAAAAGAUGAUGCGAGAGACGAAGAGACAACAGGAGAUGAGGCUAACGGAACGCAGAGAGUGCAGGUGACAGACGCCUCUCAGCAGGCGAGAUCGGUUUGUCUGGACACGAAUGAUGAAAAGGGAAUGCAAGCACACACACACGAAGAAGACAGUCAAACGCAUGCAAUGAAAUGGGUAGCGCCUGCGUCCAGUUCGCGGCCUCUCGUGCCACGAGAGGCCUCUUGGGCGGUGCGUGCGAGCCGAGUCGAUUUUCCGUUUGUUUCGCGUUUCUCCGUUCCUUCUGCACGCAGUGAAGCGCGCCGUAGCUCACCGUACAUUUGGAAAGACAGAGAAGGGGAACGAGCAGGGGAGAAAGGACGAGGGCCAGGUUUUGAGGGAACCUUCACCAAGAGAGAAGGGAAAGGGGCAACGGUUGCUGAGAAUGAAGGACGGAACGACACCACCCUCGGAGAAGGCAGUUCGUUCGUUGUCGCGGACUUCGCAUCAUGCCGAACGAUGGUUCGCCCCUCUUCGUCUCUCGUUUCUUUCUCAUCGUGCUUCGUUCCCUCCGACUCUUGUCCACCUUCAGAAGGGACCUUGACUUCCUCCCAGAAUUCUGCCGCCGAAACAAAGACGCGUUGGGCUGUGUUGCUGCAGCGGUCGCCCGCACUCGAGCCUUCCUGCGCCACAUCCGCGGACUCGUCUUCUUCUAUUCUUCCGUCUUCUUCUACAUGUCUGGCUUCUUCCCUUUGUCGUUCUUCUGCUUCCACUUCUUUUGCUCCAUUGUCUGUUUUUCUUCCACCUUCGUCUUCGUUUCUCGCCUCUUCCUCUUCGAGUCCGUUUGUCUCUUCGACGUCUCCUUUCUGCUCCUCUUCUUCCACUUUUCUCUCCGCUUCUCGUCGUCUCUCGUCUUGUCCUCUUCGUUCGCCUUCUUCUCCUGCUCUCUAUCCCUCUCCCGCGUCGACCUCUGCUGCGCACUGCACUGGAUUCGGAGUGGCGAAGUUGCCGGCCGAGCUGCGACUGUCGACUGAAGAGCGGAAUCUAGGCUCAGGCAUCUACAGCGCGAAGAAAGAAGAAGGGAGGAGCAGGGAAUUUCCAGGGUGUGGCAGGGACAGACGAAAGCUCGAGGCCCAAGGGCAGGAGGAACGCGCCUUCUGGGGGGCCGACGAGGAGGCGAGAGGUUCGGGCACCUUGGAGAGACUGAAGACACUCGAGACCCACAGAGCAGUCAUCGUUUUGGAUUUCGAUCUCGAGGAAGACAGUGACGGCGAACAGGAUUUCUGGGAGGCGGAUGCGGAUGUAGUGCGUGUCGGCAAAGAGAGGGCAGACGGCGAGCUGCACUUGCAUCCGCUCCUCACUGACUUGACAGACGACAUUUCUGUCGAGUCCAACGCUCUGCAUGCAUCUGUGCAAAGACGGAGAUCUUCACCGAAGAAACGCGGCAGUGUGCGUGGCUUCCCUGCCGAUGUCACAGAGAGCGGAGACCCUUUCGCGGUGACGCUGUCUAGAGAGAAGGCACUAUCUUGCCCGAGAGGAGUUACGGCAUGCGCUGAGAACGAAGACACUGGGAACGCAUUUGAUGCCGCUCGAGGUGAGAGCAGAACAGAGUCGACGACGCACAGAAGAGCCGGAACCUUGCUGGCCUGUCAAACCGACAAGUCAGACGAUGGCGACGAAGGAGACAGUUCCUUCCUUGCCUUGUGGCUCAUGCCCGAACUUUCAGCCCCGUCCUACGCUGCCUCUCAGAGACUAAGGGCAGGGACGGCUUUUGCCGAAGCGGGGGAGAUCCAGAGCGAGGGAGAGACCGAAGAAAUGCAAAUGGAAAUCGUGAGAGGGAAACCUGCGCCACACCCUUUCACGCUCCUCCGUUCUAUCAAAGAAGUGUGUGACUCACCGGAUUCUUCCUCAGAUUUACAGGUUUCGAACCGGUGUCUUUCCUCUGCUGCGACACCGUUUUCGAUUUCUGCCUUUCUCGAAGAAGCCGCGAGCCCUCCCCUAGGGUGGCUGGCCGACGCGUGGCAAGAUACUCUCGAGGCAUUUCAUCUCUCUGCGUCGGAGCCUGUCUCUCUUUGCAACUUUUCUUUUUCAUGUUUGGUGGAAGAUCUAGCUUCUCCACCUUCUCGUCGUCUCACGGAAAACGACGGGCCGCAUUCUUCGUCGGUCUGCUUUUCGCCUUCGGGACCCUAUGAGAAGCCGAAAGCGCCUAAGCUGCGAGGCUCUCCAGACUCUCCUCUUUCUUCUCCUGAUUCUGAUGAUGUGUUUUUCUCUUCUUCCAUUUCCUGCUCUUUGCAUGCGGAGUCAACUUCGUCUCGGCUCAAAACGCCUUCGCUUGCUUCUUGGAGGCGUCAUUCCUCAGGAUCGUCUCACGAAGACCAGCGAAAGAGGGCCGCGUCUUCACAUCAGCGUCCAUCACGGCGGCAGACGGCUGGAGAACAAGAAAUGGCAGGAAUCCAGGUGGUAGGAAAGGCAUCGAAGACGUCCGCGGAAACGAAAUGCGAUGGGGAGGCGGAGAAGCGAAACCACUGCGAGGGAAAGGGGACAAAGGCGAUCGAAGGUGGGGGGAUAUCAAAUGAGAUAGCGGGUGAACUGAAGUGUCACUCGAGAGAAGGACAGAAGAAAAGUGGGGAGGCGAGUCUUCACCUCGUUUCUCAGCUCGUCGAUCUUCUUCAUGCCGCGGACGAAGCGUCAGAGGCAGAUGUAUCUGCCUAUUCCUCUUUCGCCGUUCUUUCCUAUGCUGCUCGUCCUUCCCCUCCUUCCCUUGUUCCCCCUCUUUCUCUUUCGCAUGUUUCGUCUGCGCUUCUGCACCCUUCGUUCGGUACCCAACGCACCGGGGCUGGAGACGCAGCAGCGUGCGAAGGCAAGGAGGUCUUGGAUUCACCGUUUUUCCACGGUGCGGCACAAAGGAGACACGAAGGAGAGAGAGAAACGCGGAGCGAAAAGCCUGACGAGGCGAUGAAGGGGUACAGGCGUGAAACGGCUACAAAACGAGGCGAGAAGACCCGCGAGGCUCGCGAGCAGAAGGGAGACAGAAUCAAGUGUGGCUCGAACUUGGGGACAGGGGCGAACCUCGGAGGCAGAAGAACCUCAGAGGAAGCAUGGACUGCUCACCAACUCAGACGACUGGACAAGCAGCUGAACGCGUAUGCGGAAUUCAGCCAUGAGAACCAGCGUCGCAUCGCCUUCCCUUAUGCCUUCUAAAAGGUGGUCCUUUCACGAAGGAUUUUGAGGCAGGGAAGGACCAGCGAAGAGACGGGAGCCAACGAGGAAGAGGAACAGACACACAGAGGCUGCGUCACGACAGUGGAGUAUCCGGGGAGAAAAGACUUCUGUGGGGUUCGUGUUCCACACGAGAAAAGCCUGGAAAAAAGGGAAGCGACUCGCAGAAAACGCGACGCGAGCGCACCAGAUGAUGAGAGAGACAGUUCCAGAAAUGAGGAUGAGGAGAAUAAAGAAAGUAGUGGGAUGGAAAAGAGCAUAAAGGUGGCUACACUGACAGAGAGGGGAAGGAGGGAGAGUGACAAGAUGUCGUCGAUGAGAAGACGGAGCGAGAGCAGAAAAGACAGAGAGACAACGGGUUCACAGUCGUCCGUAUUGUCUCAUUUCUACGCCGCUAAAUUCGACAGGACAAGUGUAUCAUCUCUUCACAAGGAGUGGAUUCGGGAAACAGUUACUCAUAUUAUUCUUGCACAUGUGGGAACACCUGCAAAUCUAGAUACAGUUACAUACAUACACACACAUGUAUGUAUGCAGCAUAUCGUGGUUUCCAUAUUUGCUUGUGUAAACGAGCUUUUCGGAUUAUAUAUAUAUAUAUAUAUAUAUAAAUGCGUAUAUAGAUGUAUAAUGUAUAAUUCGUGAAGCAUCACACCGACGUACUUGAAUCAAAAAACGGCCCGCUUUUGACGAGGGUCACCUCAGGGCAUCUAGAGAUAUACAAAUAUGCUAUGUAUACAUAUAUAUGUAAAUGGGUGAUGACGCAGAAGAACGAGGGUGAUGGUAAACAGUUUCAAGGAUGAACGUAUCCGCCGUCGCGUGUUUAUGUCCGACGAACGAUUGUCUUCAUGCACUGCAGCCUGUGAGGCGUUCGCAGCUAUUGUGGAAACUCUUGUCUCUUCUCAUCUUCAAAAUAGGAUUCCUCAA